AUGCUCCCACCUUCCACACCAAGCAACCCCCACGCCGACGCCCACCUCCCCGUCGCAAAACCCCAACUUCGCCGCCGCCGCCGCCCCUGCCACCGGGUCCCGAGCCUCCCCAACUGCCCCACUCCAAUGCGACGGCGGCACCCGCCGCCGUCGCUCCCCAUGGCCGCCCACCUCUCCCAAACCCUACCCACGCUCCUCCUCCUCCUGCUCCUCACCACGCCCGCUCAAGCAUCCGCCGCCGCCGCCGACAGCGAGCGGGAGGCCCUGCUCAGCUUCAAGUCUGCCGUGACAUCAGACCCAGGCGGGCUCCUCCGCGCCUGGACCCCGACCUCGCCCUCCCACUGCCGCUGGCCAGGCAUCACCUGCAGCCCGUCCGGCUCAAUCAUCUCCCUCACCCUCCCCGCCUCCCCAAACCACCGCCUCUCCGGCACCCUCUCCCCGUCCAUCGCCACCCUCCGCAACCUCCACAUCCUCGCCCUCCCCUCCCACGCGCUCGCGGGCGCGCUGCCGCCCGCGAUCUGGACGCUGCGCCGCCUCCGGACGCUCGACCUCUCCGGCAACCGCCUGCACGGCGAGAUCCCGCGCGCCCUCCCCUGCGCCGCGCUGCAGACCCUCGACCUCGCCCACAACGCGCUCAACGGGUCCCUCCCCGACUCCCUCGGCGCGCUGCCCGCGCUCCGCCGCCUCUCGCUCGCCUCCAACCGGCUCGGCGGCGCCGUCCCCGACGCCCUCGGCGCGCUCCCCGCGCUGCGGCUCCUCGACCUCUCCGGGAACCUCCUCGUCGGCGGCAUCCCCCGGAGCCUCGGCAACUGCACCAACCUCCAGUCCCUCCUGCUCUCCUCCAACCUGCUGGACGACGUCAUCCCGCCGGAGAUCGGGCGGCUCGCCAACCUCCGCGCGCUCGACGUGUCACGGAACAGCUUGAGCGGCCCCAUACCGCCCGAGCUCGGCGACUGCGGUCAGCUCUCAGUCCUAGUUCUCUCCAAUCCCUACAUACUAGCCGACGGUCUGAACGCGUCGGACGACGGCGAUGUUGAGGACUUCAACUACUUCCAGGGAGGGAUUCCAGACGCCGUCGCCGCGCUGCCGAAGCUCCGGGUGCUGUGGGCGCCACGGGCGACCCUCGAGGGGGAGCUGCCGGGGAGCUGGAGGUCUUGCCGGAGCUUGGAGAUGGUGAACCUGGGGGAGAACCUGUUCUCCGGUGGAAUUCCCAGAGGUCUGCUCGACUGCGGGCAUCUCAAGUUCUUGAAUUUGAGCUCCAACAAGUUCACCGGUUCGGUUGAUGCGUCGCUGCCUGUGCCUUGCAUGGAUGUGUUUGAUGUCAGCGGGAACCGGCUGUCCGGCUCGAUUCCGGUGUUCCUCUCGAAGGACUGUCCUUCAUCUCGGCUCCUCCCGUUUGAUGACUUGGUGUCGGAGUACACCUCCUUCUUUGCAUAUCAGGCGAUCGCCGGCUUCGUUUCGUCGUCAGGAGUCAUGGCUACUGAUCUGACCAGCUACCAUAGCUUUGCCAGGAACAAUUUUACUGGAACUGUGGCAUCAUUGCCGAUUGCUGCCGAGAAGCUGGGGAUGCAAGGGGCCUAUGCUUUCCUGGCUGAUGGGAAUGAUCUUGCCGGCGAGUUGCAGCCUGGUCUAUUCGAUAAGUGCAACAGUUCAAGGGGUUUCAUUGUGGACGUUAGCAACAACCUCAUCACAGGAGGGAUUCCUGCAGAGAUUGGAUCAUUGUGCCAUUCUCUUGUUGUUCUUGGUGUUGCUGGUAACCGCCUUUCUGGUUUGAUACCGACAAGCAUUGGGCAGUUGGAUUAUCUUGUCAGAUUGGAUUUGAGUAGGAACCAGCUUGGUGGUGAGAUUCCUGCUUCUGUGAAGAAAUUACCGCAUUUGGAGCUCCUCUCUUUAAGCCAUAACCUUCUGAAUGGUACUAUUCCAAAUGAUAUUAAUCAGCUGCACUCUCUUAAGGUUCUGGACCUGUCCUCAAACCUGCUCGCAGGGGAGAUCCCUCGUGCGCUUGCUGACUUGGCAAAUCUGACUGACCUAUUCCUUGAUAAUAAUAAACUUACUGGGGAGAUACCAGCUGAGUUGGCUAAUGUGGCAUCUCUUACCAAGUUCAACGUGUCAUUCAACAACUUGUCCGGUCCAGUGCCAACAAAUAGCAGUGCAGUUGGAUGUGACAGCGUUAUUGGGAAUCCUUUGCUACAAUCUUGUCACAUGUAUACCCUGAUGGUUCCUUCAGCUGGUCAGCAGGGCCGUGGUCUGAAUUCAAAUGAUAACGACACGGCGCCUGUGGAUCCACAAAAUCAUGGAGACAGCAGUUCAUUCAAUGCAAUUGAAAUAGCUUCGAUAACAUCUGCAACAGCUAUCGUUGCAGUCCUUCUUGCUCUGAUUGUACUGUUUAUUUACACAAGAAAGUGUGUACCCUGUAUGUCAGCUCGGUCAUCUGGAAGAAGAGAAGUUAUAAUCUUCCAAGAAAUCGGGGUGCCCAUCACUUAUGAGACUGUUGUUCGAGCUACCGGAACUUUCAACGCAAGCAAUUGCAUUGGAAGUGGGGGUUUUGGAGCCACUUACAAAGCUGAAAUUUCACCUGGAGUGCUGGUAGCUAUAAAGAGGCUCUCUGUUGGGAGAUUCCAAGGAGCGCAACAGUUCCAUGCUGAGAUCAAAACUCUUGGGAGAUUAAGACAUCCCAAUCUUGUUACCUUGGUAGGCUACCAUCUUGGUGAGUCUGAAAUGUUUCUCAUAUAUAACUACUUGCCUGGGGGAAACCUUGAGAGAUUCAUACAAGAGAGAUCGAAGAGACCGGUAAGCUGGAAGAGGCUGCACAAGAUUGCUCUGGACAUUGCAAAAGCACUUGCUUAUCUGCAUGACACUUGUGUUCCUAGGAUCCUUCAUCGUGAUGUGAAACCAAACAAUAUUUUGUUGGACACUAACCAUAAUGCUUACCUCUCAGACUUCGGACUGGCAAGGCUCUUGGGAAAUUCAGAAACCCAUGCGACCACUGGUGUAGCGGGGACUUUCGGUUAUGUUGCUCCAGAGUAUGCUAUGACUUGCCGAGUUUCAGAUAAAGCUGAUGUGUAUAGCUAUGGUGUUGUACUGAUGGAGUUAAUAUCAGACAAGAAGGCCCUGGAUCCAUCAUUUUCUCCUUACGGUAAUGGGUUUAACAUAGUUGCUUGGGCAUGCAUGCUGCUCCGUCAGGGCCGUGGUCGUGAAUUUUUUGUCGAUGGUCUGUGGGAUGUGGGCCCACAUGAUGACUUGAUAGAGGUGCUGCAUUUAGCAGUGAUGUGCACUGUGGAAUCGCUCUCUGUGAGACCAACUAUGAAGCAAGUUGUUCAACGGCUAAAGCAACUUCAGCCUCCAAUACGGGAACACAGAUAAGGGUGCCUGCUUCACAUACUGAACAUUUAGAAGGUACAGAUAGCUGUAACUUGGGCCCCUUGACGAGUUUUGUGCUAAUCAUUUGCUUAACUAGAUUUCAUAUUGUAGAUGCCAGCUUUGUAUAAUGCAGUUCUAAUUUAAUUGCCCACUAAUGUGUCUGCUGAUAAGAAGAGCAGAUGUAAAUUAACAAUCUAAUUCUGAAGAUUUCAUUUACGGUUGGCCGACUCCA